CACCUUUCCGUAUUUCCUAUAUCAAACCAGCUCUGUGCUAUCAUAAGAAUGAUAUCCAAAAAAUAACACAAUCAAUUCUACGUGGCCGUCGUAAAGUCUAGGCAAGCACAUUACACAAUAUGACAUCUCAACAAGUUGCCCUCGUGAUAGGAGCCUCAAGAGGAAUUGGCAGGCAGGUAGCAAUUGAUCUUGCAAAGAAUGGACAUGCUGGUUAGCGUAUGUCUACAGGUCCAGCUAGAUAUAUACCAAUAAUCGAUUGCAGUUGUGGUAGCAGCGAAAUCUACGAGCGAUGCAACCGCAACGAACCCAUUCCCUCCCGAUCCAAACUCGCAGCAAUCAACAAUUAGCACAGUCGAGCGCGAGAUCAAAGAGGCCGGAGGUACGGCUACUGCUAUAGCUGUUGAUACAAGAGAUUUUGAGAGUGUACAAAAGCUCGUGGAUGAGACCGUAAAGGUACGGAGACCGUGGCGAUAUAUGGAGACAGGAAUAUCAGCUAAAUACAUAGUUAGAUAUACGGUCAUAUCGAUGUGCUCAUCUACAAUUCUGGAGCAAUUUGGUGGGCAUCCGUCGAGAACACCCCCAUGAAGCGUUUCCAGCUCAUGCAACGCAUCAAUGUUGAAGGCCUUUAUGGCACCAUUCAAGCCUGCCUACCACAUUUUAAGGAUAAUGGCUGGAAGGCUCGGAUUAUUGUUGUCUCCCCGCCCAUAUACUCUCGAUUCUUCAGGGGGAAAACUGCAUAUGCGAUGGGUAAGGUUGGAAUGAGCGUAUUAACCAAAGGACUAGCCAUGGAUUUCGAGCGAGAGGGUAAAAAGGAUAUGGCUAUUACCAGUAUCUGGCCCGCUUCAGUAUGUUACACCCCAUUUUCGGAUAGUAAAUUACUAAUUGGUUCAGUCCAUUCAAUCGGCAGCCACAGCUUCAAUGACCAAAAUUGAUCCGGAGACGGUUAAAGAUCUUCGAAAAGCCACCAUAUAUUCGGAUGCAAUUCUUGCAAUGCUUCGGGCACCGGUCAAGGACGUCAACGGAUUGAUAGACCUCGAUGAAGAUUUCUUGCGCAACCAUGAGGGUGUUACUGAUUUCUCAAAAUACUCUGUUGUUGAAGGGGCAUCACCAAGAAGAAUCAUGCCUGCUAAUUUGCCUGGUCUUAGUGUUGCUGAACAGGCAGACGAAGGCAGAAGAACUGAUAGUUUGAAAAUAAGAGCUUCUAAGCUAUGAAAUUUUCAAGAAUAAACUUCUUUCGGAUUUGCACGGCUGAUCUGAAGCACUCCACUUAUGUUCAGGUACAUAGUUGCGCUCUAGACCUUCGCUUGUCUCGUCGUGUUAUCUUUCCUUUUUCAUGACGAGCUUACACUCGUACACAUACCAGAUUAUUUAUAUCUUUGUGUUCUCCAAUUGGUCUUUUAUGCACCAAGAUUCGCUUAUCUCGAAAGUGGGAGGGCCCGCUUCAUGCUUGUUUGUACCUCUGUAUCCCUGUAAUAUAAUUGUGGUAACGUUCGAAUGGGAAAGCUCAUGUGGGGAAUUAUGAA